AUGCUAGUGCUUUGGAUCUUUUUGGCUUGGCUGCCUGCAAACGGACAGGAUUCAGGAUGCACUGAGCCCGAACCGGCACCGUCGUCGCUCCAGCUCCUUCAGCAGAACUUGCGGCUGGGACGAGGCUCGGUGAACAGCAUCCUUGCUGACUCCCAGUCUCCGACGUCUCUGGCUAAUCUCAAGAAGCUCUUAGAUGGGUGCUCUGGAUGGGAUUGCUUGAAACAGUACGUGGAUCGGCCAGAUGCAGCUUAUAGCUGGAGGGACAGCCACAUGAGGCUGCAAGGCUCUGUGGGCGGUGCGGAAUGGACUGCGGCACUUCUGCAGAUGACCAGCCAGACAUGGUUGCCAGAUGAAGUGUCACCAAGUUCCUGGAAUCAUUCAUUAGUCGUCAUCUCGCCCAAGAAUGUCUCGCAGACUGGCUGGUGUUUUCUCUAUGUCGCCAUGGGUUUCUACGGCUCGUCCGGCGUGGACAAGGCCGUUGAAGCCUCAAAUCCCGAUGUUCAAGCUGCUGCGAAGAUUGCCGUGUCGGUGGGGAUCCCUGCUGCCGUGUUGUUUAACGUGCCUGCAGAGCUACUGACCUUUAAGAGUUCUGCAUCUCAAGGCCCUUUAGUAGAGGACGGGACGCUCUCCCAUUCUUGGGCACUCUUUGGCCGUCAGCCCUUCGGACUUGGAGCCUGGCGUCCAGAUCCUCGGCUGCUGCUGGAGCUGCCCAUGACGAAGGCUGUCGUGAGGGCGAUGGACGCGAUAGGUGACUUCGCACAGUCUGGAUCUGUUGCUGGCAUCUCCGGCAAGCUGAAGUUUGCCGUGAUGGGAACCAGCAAACGAGGGCACCUGUGCUGGCAUGCUGCGUCUGUGGAUGCCCGUGUCGAAGCAAUUGUCCCGAUCGCCAAGGCUUUGAACAUGCAAGGAUUUCUUAACCUCUCGCAGAGAGAGUUGGGUGGACUGCCCCAAGCCGCCACAGAUUACGCCCAAGCAGGAGUGUUGCAACACCUUGAGGACACUCCGCAGGGACGCUGGUUCAUCAACAUCACGGAUGCCUUCGCUUACAGGGAGCGGUUUGCCGGGUUGCCUAAGCUAGUAAUAAACGCCGCGAACGACGAGUUCUUCGUCCCGGAUCACACGCGGGUAUGGUGGCCGGAACUACCCGAUCCGAAGUGGCACCUUAUGAUCCCGAACAGUGGGCACAUUGGUGGCGGCCAGCAGGUCCGAAGCCUGGCAGAACCUAUCUCCGCAUUUCUCUCUGGCCUCGUGCACAGCGAGGCGCAGGCUGCCGAAGUCCCUCGUCUCUCCUGGAGCAUUCAAAAGACGGGAGCUCUUACGGCCAAGCUCGACAAAGCAAGCCCUCCACCUUCGGAAGUCGUCUUUUGGCAGGCCACAACCUGCGACUCACAAAGGCGAGAUUUCCGAUUGCACAAUGCGGACAAAGGCGAAACCUGCCGUAAAUGCGGUUAUCAAUCAUUGUAUGGCUGUUUGAACGAAGCUGUGACUUGGCAGAGUUCCACGAUGGAGAUACAGCACCGCAGCUUUGUAUGGGAAGCGAGUGUGUCGGCACCUGCUGAUGGCCGCUGGACAGCUUUUUUCCUGACCUUCCAUUGGCCGACUGGAUUGAGGCUUUCAACAGAGGUGUCUGUUGUUCCUGUAACAUUUCCCUUUCCAAACUGUCCGCAGAACUGUUCGCAUACAGUUUGA